UUGCUUUGUCCGUAUUUUCCUUGACAGAUUUGAAGCCUUGCAACUUGUCCUCCAAACCUUUCGUUGUUCAAAGAUGGCAAUCUUCGCAGACACGAUCCUUCAUGGCCAAGCACUACUUUCCAUUGCUGAGGGUCAAAACGCAUCUGACGAAGUACUACUUCUUCCGGUCUUUGAUACUGUCAUUGGUUCACCUUUUUCAUGCCAACCUGCAGUUGCUGACUUUGCCCAUCCGACACAAUGGUUCAUUGACACUACGACGGACUUGCAUGAUCUCACCAGCUCUGCCACCAUUCCUUCCUCCAGGGCACUCUUGUUGCGGUCAUCACUCCAUUCCAAAGAUGAUGCCACAGAACACUUUACCUUGCUGGGUGAUCAAAUCAAUGACGGAAAAGCCGCUUGGACAGCUCCUCUUGCCAGCUUUGGCCAAUUUUCAUUCAUCAAUCAAUAUUGGAAGUGGGCAGAACAUGUACUUGGGCGAUCUUCAGAAAUACUUUUUCAGGCAAGGAUCUAUGGUGCCGUCUAUGCUUCUCUUUUCACAUAUGACCAUGAUGCAAACCUCAUUCAAUCAUUCUGCGAGCAUUGGUGUCCUUCCACAAACACACUUCAUACACCAGCAGGAGAGCUAUCAAUCUCCCUUUGGGAUCUAUUUUAUAUUGGUGGUCUGCCGAUCUAUGGAAAAUUUUACGACGAAGUCAUCCCGCCGGCAUGCGAUCUGACAAGCAUCGACGAAAACAACAUGUACCUCCUUCCACCUAGUUGCAGGCACCUCUUUGCAGCGUACCACAGACUUUUUCAUAUUUCAAAAACUCACCAUAUCACCGCCCGUGACUGGAUCCAUUUCUGGUGUAGGCUAAAAAGCAAAUAUUCAUAUCUUUCUCCUAAUGAUCAGAGCGAGGGAGCAAGCAGGCCAACUGGACACACUAGCAUGCCACCAGAGUGCACAAAGGAUGAAGAAGGAGCAUUCAACGAGCUAGGCAUCAAAGCAUGUUUAAGGGAAGAAGUCUAUUUAGCAGCCUUCCUGUCGUGCUGGCUGUCCGUAUUUGUCCUACCCAAUGGAAAAGCGAACCAAAUUCGUCCUACCGUCUUCAAAGUUGCAAGCAUGAUGGCGCGCGGAUCUACAUUUUCUUUGGCGGUGCCCGUUCUAGAGAGCAUAUACCAUGGCUUGAGACAAAUUUCAUCAUCUCCUACUCCAAGUCAGUGCCAUGCGAUCCUUCCCAUGCAUUAUAUCUACAGAUGGCUUGGCAACUACUUCGACACAUACCUUCCAUCCUCACUCUCAACCGGGAGUUAGAAUGGUCCGACUAGCCGGCGAGAAGAAUGCCAAACAUUUCACAACAAUUGCAACCCACGAACUCCUCAGAAGCAUUGAUCCUUCGCGAUUAUCAUCCUUGGCCAUGUCUAACAAGGACGAGCGGUUAGUGGUAGAUGACGGAAAGCAAUCCCACUUCUGGACAACCUACACCAUCAGUCUUCGUUCAAGCUACCUGACUUUUAGUUGCGAUAUGCAGUAUAUCGUUGAGUCUUACAGCCCCCAUCGAUCCUCACAACAAUUCAACUUUUACCAAGAUGUGCCCGAAAAAUUGGUGGAAGAAGCACGUCCCCUUAACCUACCCGAUGUUGUAGGACUUUGGCAAUCCUGCACAAAGCUUAGUACUAAGACAAAACUGAAAAUUCCUGUCUCCUCGCACAAAGGCCUUACCACAAAGCGAUAUCAAGAGUGGUGGACAAAGCAUGCAAGUGAUUUUGUUAAAAGAGACAUUGAGCCUGCCGAAAAGCAAGAGAAACCCAAGACUCCAGUCAGAAUUCGCCUAACCAAGGGCAAGGGAGCAGUUACACCUAUUGAGAAUGCCCACGAAGUUGAAGGCACUAACGCAAUAGCAAGCAAAGCCAAAGCAAGCAAAGCUAAACCAAGCAAGGCCAAACCAGCAGUUCUACCUACUAUUGGUAACGAGGAAGUUGACGGCACUAAUGCAACAUUAGGCCAAGCCAAAGCAAGCAAAGCUAGACCAAGCAGGGCCAAACCGAAAGUUCCACUUGUUGUCAACACCCAUGAAGUUGAUGGCGCCAAUGCAAUAUGAGGCAAAGCCAACGCAAGCAAAGCUAGACCAAGCAGGGCCAAACCGAAAGUUCCACUUGUUAGUACCCAUGAAGUUGAUGGCGCCAAUGCAACAUCAAGCAAAGCCAAAGCAGGCAAGGAUAGACCAAGUAAGGCCAAACCAAACAAAGGAAAGGAUCUACCCAAAGAUGCAUCCAAAGAAAUGGAGAGAUCAACUCUCAAGCCUAAACCUCUCUUGAAGAUUUCUGCUCCAAAAAUUCCAUCCGUGAUUGUCAAAAAUCCAACCACCGAAAAUAAAGACAAGAAAAGAAGCCUUGAGAUUUGUGAUGGGGACAACAACUCUAGUCAAGGUGAUCGUCACUGGAAUCGCCCCAAGAAGCAGAAAAACAUAGCCCAAGUCGCACCCUUGGAGGAUAUCCACAUUGACACAGACGGUUUUUUCCAAGAUGUGCCUGAUAGCAGCACGCCUUUGGAGGAUUUAGAAGCACAUUUGGGAGUCAACAACUUGAAUCUUGGUGAUGAACUAUACUCUCAAAGCAGUGGAGGUUCUAUAGAUGGUCCAGAUUCCUUUGGAUUGCUUUCUCGUAAGGGAAGAUCUGUCAAAGAAGCAUCACGUCAAAUUACUCAUGAGAAGGCUUCUAUUGACAUGCCCAAAGUGCCAAUAACAGAACCAAGACAAUUUUGAGUGAGACCUUCUGGUCCCACGUUAUCCGAUGUUAGUGUCUUUCAAGGGAUAGAUGUGAUUGCUAAAAGUCGGCGCAAGUAUGUCUCAAGGUUGUGGUCCCAACUUUCCCAUAAGAUCCAGAAAAUCAGCUUGGAUCAUGUCGACGAUAUUGAAGAUGAGGCUGAGAAGGUCCUUGAAGAAAUGAGAAACAUGAAAGUAAUGGACAUUUCUCCGUUGCAGCGCAACCUUAAAAGCUUCUUUGAUAAUAUUCGGGCAUACAAAAACCGCUCCACUUCUAUCAAAUCAUGUGCAAGUCAACUGGUAGAUAUUUCUCAAACUCUUUCUCAUGCCAAAAUCAGAGAAAAUGAGGUAAUUAAAGAAUCUGAACUUCGUCAACAAGAAUUUGAAGCCCUUGAAGUUGACAAGGCUAAGUUGAAAAGAGAAUUGGAAGGCAUAGAUACCAAGCUGAAGGCCAAGAAGCAGUGGUUGUUGCAAAUGAAGGAGAAUUAUCUGAGGUGCAACUUGAGAUCUCUAACCUU